AGCAGUCUGUCCUCAUCACUCCUUGUCUUUAUAUCUCCUUGCUCCUUCUCCCGGUGCGCUGUUUUUGUUACCAAGGGGAAACGUUGGGGAACAUUCACAUUCUCUCAGGCUGGAUUCACUCGUUUUCACCAAUGGAUGGAGUUUAUUUCCCAGAGAGCACGGUGACUUCUUAAAAACUUCACACUCUGUGCUGGGUGCUCCUGCUGCAGUUCUCAGGGGCAUGGAGCAGCGCGGAGGUGCAGGCGGGGGAACGGAGAGCCCCAGCCUUCGAGACAGCACCAGCCCAGAGGAGAGAGGGGAGAGCCCCGCUUCUAGUGGCCCCCCGCCGUGCAAGUCGAACCGCCUGGAGGUCAACGGCACGCCAGCAGCUCCAAGGAUCAGACAGAACGGCACGCCGCUGAGACCAUUAGGAGGUCUGAUGAUCCCAGUCUACUGUGUGGUGGAGCACGCAGACGUAGGCGUAGCCGGUGACUAUGAGGGGCACGGCGACCGUCACGCUGAAUUUGUGUUGGUUCAUAAGGAUGUCCUCUUCACGCAGCUGGUGGAGACGGCACUGGUCGCCCUGGGAUACUCACACAGCUCAGCUGUACAGGCAAGUGGUAUCAUCAAAGUGGGUCGGUGGAAGCCGAUGCCCAUCCACUACCUGACAGACGCUCCGGAGGCAACAGUGGCCGACAUGCUGCUGGACGUUUACCACAUGGUCACGCUUCGGAUCCUUCUGCACAGCUUUGCACGGCUUGAGGAGCUGCCGUCAGAGCAGUGGACCCACGCCACAGUGAGGAAUGCCCUCAAAGAGCUGCUCAGAGAGACCAACCAGAGCGCGCUGGCCAAGGAGUGUCCUCUCUCGCAGAGUAUGAUCUCAGCGAUAGUGAACAGUUCCUACUAUGUCAACGUCUCCACCUCUAAAUGCCAGGAGUUUGGACGCUGGUACAAGAGGUACAAACGCAUGAAAGGUGAAUACAUUGAGAAGAUGUGGUCAGUACAAGACAAAUCUGAUAUUAAAGUGGAGAGGGAUCUGGACCUGAGCAUCCUCAGCCAGCGUCCUCCCUCUCUCUUACCCUCCCCCACCCAAGUGGGCGCCCUGGGUAGCCCUGGAGCUCUGUCCAUCAAGAGUGGCCUUGGGGACACUCAGACCUCCACCCAGCCUCAUUGUCUGCCUCACCCCGCCAGCCAGCACCACACCAGUACACCACUGCGUCCCCAGGGUCCACCUCUCCUGGGCCACAGUGGGCUCCUGUCCCCCCAGCUCUCCCCUCAGCUCGUCCGUCAGCAGCUCGCCAUGGCCCACCUCAUCAACCAGCAGCUCGCCGUCAGCCGCCUGCUCGCACAUCAGCACCCACAGGGAGUCAACCAGCAGUUCCUCCACCACCCGCCUAUCUCACGGACCUGCAAGGGCCCCGGAGGCGCUGCUGAGCCCGGCCUCAACUGCUCAGGGGCCGAAGUCUCCUCCAGCAUUUACCAGCAAGUCAGAAACGAGCUGAAGAGGGCCAGCAUUUCUCAGGCUGUGUUUGCACGUGUGGCUUUUAACCGUACACAGGGUCUGCUGUCAGAGAUCCUUCGUAAGGAGGAGGAUCCACGCUCGGCCUCACAGUCACUGCUGGUCAACCUGAAGGCCAUGCAGAAUUUCCUCAACCUGCCAGAGGGCGAGCGGGACCGCAUCUACCAGGAGGAGAGAGAGCGGAGCACCAACUCCAACCACAACCUCUCCAGCAACCACAUCUCCAGCAGCAACACACACAGACACCCACAGACAAAGUGCAACAUGUCUGCUGCGGAGCUGCCGCUGAAGCUGGACUCGCUGGUGAACAUCUCGUCAGGGAUCUAUGACGAGAUCCAGCAGGAGAUGAAGAGGGCGAAGGUCUCCCAGGCGCUGUUUGCCAAGGUGGCUGCCAAUAAAAGUCAGGGCUGGCUGUGUGAGCUGCUCAGGUGGAAAGAGAGCCCGAGCCCGGAGAACCGCACACUGUGGGAGAACCUGUGCACCAUCAGGAGGUUCCUGGCUUUAUCGCAGGCCGACAGAGAUCAGGUCUACGAGGAGGAGUCAAGGCAACAGCACAGCGAAAGGCACCACACCGUCCUGCAUGUCCCAGACCAGCAGGUGAUCCACAGACAGCCCCUGCCACCUCUGACCACUCCAUCUCCGGUUCAUGAAGACCCUCAGCCCAUCCCAUUGCUGGUCUUGCAUGGCUCAGAAGACACGCCCCAGCGUGGGAUGAGCCCCGGCCUUGGAGGGGGAGGAGCAAAGAAGGCCCGCUCACGGACACGGAUUUCCCUCGAGGCUCUGGGAAUCCUGCAGAGCUUCAUCGGCGAUGUGGGGCUCUACCCCGACCAGGAGGCCAUCCACACCCUGUCGGCCCAGCUGGAUCUACCCAAACACACCAUCGUGAAGUUCUUCCAGAACCAGCGCUACAACGUCAAGCACCACAACCAGGUCAGAGAGCCCGUUCCCGGGGAGGACGACAGGGAGAGCUCGAGUCCCAGCGAGGGCGGCGUCUGCACAGUGGAGAGUCGAGGGGAGGAGGGCCUCUCUGCGUCUGAGGAGUCGAGCGAAGAUGGGAGAGGAUCAGUGGAGGCGUUCAGAACAGAGGGAGGAGACAGAGGAGAAGAAAGAGAUGUGGAAAUGGAGACAGAGAAGGAAGAAGGGGAUGAUGGGAAAGCCUCAGGGCCAGCGACUUCCUCCCUGUCCCCCUACAGCAGCCUGGACAGCCCCCACUCUGCAGAGCAGCAGAGAUAACAGCAGAGAAACAAGAACUGGAUGGAAGCAAAGGACAGCGUCAAACUGUGAAGCCCACACACAGACAGCCUGUGAAUAAACACACUCUAUCACCUUUACUAGAGCUGAUCAUCAGAGCUCAUUAAUAUCUGAAGAACUGUGGAAACAUAUUUAAGUAAGUUUGACUGAAAAGGGAUCCAAAGGUAUGACCACUACCUACAGAUGCAGACAAAAACACAUUUCCUCCUGAGUUUUCUUUUCUUUAGUGAGGAUGGGAACACAUUUCAAACUGCUUUAAAUCAUCAUGACAGCAUACUGGAAAAACAACAAAUUCCCUAAAUUAUAUUAGUUCCUUCAAAGUGGCACCCUAAGAAAAUGUCCAGAACACCUCUGUUAGCUUUACAGGUGACUAUAAGAAGACUCCUGCAGCACAAUCCACGUCUUUCACAGUUCUGUCUGUUACUGAUGCUGCAUUUCCACUGAAUGGUUUGGCUUGACUCGACUCACUUUUGGUACCAGAUUCUUUUCUCUGUUUCGUUUUCCACUUGUUGCCCCCUCAGUGGAGGCAGGAUUCAGCAUAGCGACACCAUGUGAAACCACAUGACACCAUUUUUAAAGUGUCAGUCACUGGAUUCUUUCAUCAGUGACCUAACAGAGACAUGUUUGUCAAUUGUACAAUGUAGUGUCUGCAGUGUAAGGCGUAGUUUUGCGGGCUGCCGCUGUUUAAAAUAUGGGUCAAAAAAGUUGCGACUGAUAUUGACAGUAGCUUGGCAAGGAUGUUUUUCUUUGGCUGUAAAGUAGUUCCAGCACUUUUUUAAUGACACAAUACCCAUGGUGUUUGUUCCAAUGACAACAAUAUCUUGACGCUAGCUAGAUAGCUAACCUAACACUACGUUAUAAGGUUUGACUACACAGUUAACAUCCAGUUUACAACAUGUACGGUGAUAAAAGCAAGACUCACCAGCAACAUCCAGUGUCCGGCCGAUCUGCUCCCAAAAAUAGGCUUUUCUGUCUUUAUUGUGAUAGUUUCUGACAUAUCAAACAGCUCGAUUUAGUAUGUAGCUAAAGGAGCAGCAGUGACGACACCAACGCCUUUCUGAAAAGUUCAGAGGUUCACUGAAAAAAAACACGCUGGGUGUGGUGCUUUUUCUCUAGAUAGCCGCACAGUCUCUCAUCAUUAAACAAUUGAAAAAAGACACUGGCAUUCAGACAAAAAUGGUAUGUGGACACAACCAAACUCAGUUUUUCAGCUGGGCUCGCUUGGGACCUUUGUCGAGGUGGUACCAAAAAAGUACCAGGUACUAUGCACAACUUUUGCAAGUGGAAAACAGAAUAAGAGCGAGUCGAGUUGUACCGUGUGCUGGAAAUACGACAUAUGUACACAGCAUCCUUUACAGUCACCAUAUAAAUGCAAUGGUGUAACAUGGACGCUGUGUAUUUUGAUGAAUGGAUACAGAUUAAAAGCAAGGACAGAGGAGAAGUGGAUUAUACUGCAGGAGUGGUUUGAGAAGUUUCUAAUCAUUAGCCACCUUUUAAGCUAACAAGGAGUUUUUGUUUAUUUAUGUAUGUUUUUGUUUAUUGUAUUUUCAGGUUAAGUUUUCAAUACUCAUAAGAGUUUGGUGACUUUUUCUCUUAAAGCAGGAGGUUUCACAGUGGGUGUUAAAGGGUAACUUUGGUAUUUUUAAAACUUGGAUUUUCCCAUGUUUUUGUGUCUAAGUGACUAAUUGAAACAACAAUUUUUGAAACUGGUUCAGUAUUAAGCGAGAGCAGUGCAGCUGGCAGUUGUGAAGCAGGCUGCAGUGUAACUAUUCAGAGCAUGUUCACACUGUCUAUAUACAUCCAGUGAAAGUUUUUUUGCCACUGACAGGCUCAGAUUGUGAUUAUAAAUGUCUGACAACAUCAUGGAAAGGAUCCUUACA